ACGAGUUUUGGAAACGUGCUGCUCUUGAGGAAGUUGAUGUGCCUUUCGGAGACAGAGUCGAAAUUUAUAUGCGUUUCCAUAAUCCGCUGUUGCUAAUUGAAUUAUUUCAAAGACUUGAAAGUGUAAGGUUUGUGUUUCUGUGGGUUUUCGAAGAUGUCUGAUUUCUCCUCUCUGGGUUUGUCGGACUGGUUGAUCGAUCAGUGUAAACAAAUGGGUAUCAGCAAACCCACAGCCGUCCAGGAGAACUGCGUGCCGCCCAUCCUACAAGGCCGGGAUUGUAUGGGUUGUGCUAAGACAGGUAGUGGGAAGACUGCUGCUUUUGUCCUGCCAGUGUUGCAGAAAUUGUCAGAAGACCCUUUUGGCAUCUUCUGUUUGGUGCUCACUCCAACGAGAGAGCUGGCCUAUCAGAUUGCGGAACAGUUCAGGGUUCUUGGGAAACCUCUUGGCUUACGGGAUUGUAUAAUAGUUGGAGGAAUGGACAUGGUAACUCAGGCCCUUGAGUUGGCAAAGCAACCCCAUGUUGUGGUGGCAACUCCCGGCAGACUGGCAGAUCACAUUCGUAGUUCCAAUACCUUCAGCAUCAAGAAAAUACACUUUUUGAUCUUAGAUGAAGCUGAUCGCCUGCUUGAACAGGGGUGCACAGAUUUUACAAAAGACCUGGAAGUGAUCCUCAGUGCUGUUCCUGCCAAGCGACAAACACUGCUGUUCAGCGCCACACUUACUGACACACUGCAGGAGUUGAAAAGCAUUGCCAUGAACAAACCUUUCUUCUGGGAAAGCAAGUCUGAGGUACGCACUGUAGAGGAACUGGACCAGCGAUACAUCCUCACUCCAGAAAAAGUAAAAGAUGCAUAUUUGGUUCACCUUAUUCAGAAGUUCCAAGAUGAACAUGAAGACUGGUCAAUCAUAAUCUUCACCAAUACUUGCAAGAACUGCCAGAUCCUCACAAUGAUGCUUCGUGAAUUCAACUUCCCCACCAUUUCCCUACAUUCAAUGAUGAAACAGAAACAACGGUUUGCCAAUCUUGCAAAAUUCAAGUCAAGCGUCUUUAAGAUUCUGAUUGCAACAGAUGUAGCUGCCAGGGGUCUUGAUAUUCCAACAGUCCAGGUUGUUAUAAAUCACAAUACACCAGGCUUGCCCAAGAUAUACAUUCACAGAGUUGGCCGCACUGCCAGGGCAGGAAGGCAUGGUGUUUCGAUUACCCUGGUGACACAGUAUGAUAUUCACCUGGUGCAUUCCAUCGAGGAGCAGAUCCAAACAAAACUAAAGGAGUAUCCAGCAGAAGAGAGUGAAGUUCUGAAGAUUCUCACUCAAGUCAACGUGACCCGGCGCGAGUGUGAAAUUAAACUGGAGUCCACAGACUUUGAUGAGAAGAAGGAAAUUAAUAAAAGAAAACAGAUGAUUUUGGAAGGGAAAGAUCCUGAUUUGGAACAAAAGAGGAAAGAGGAAUUGGAAAAGAUCAGGAAUCAGAAGAAGAAGUUCAAGAACAAAAUCCAUGAGGCCAUCCAGAGGAAGCAGAACUUUAUCCUUAAAAAGAAAUUGCUCAAGAAAAAACUCGAGGAGAAAAAAGACAAAAUUGUCUGAAACCAAGCAAUAAACAAAAACUUACAUUCUAUGGACUUUGUUACUGAAUAACACUCCAUUGCAAAAUAAUUCUGUACAGAAAUAUGAAGAUAACAGAACUGACACUGGUGGUUUUUCAGAAGAAAAAAAUUUUAAUUUCUAAAGCUCAAACUGAAAAGACAGAAGCAACCUUUAUUUUGGAAGUUCAAAUUAUUUUUAGACAUGUGAUUUGUUACAAGAUUUAUUGAUCAUUACAAUGAAAGGCAGUUUCCACAUCACAAAGGAAAACAGUCCCAGGUUUGUGGUUUAUUUUGUAAUCCCUAAAAUAAUCUGAACAUAUUCCUGAUGAGGGGAGAAGGGAAUCAGUAACCCUAUUUAUCCCUGUCUUAAAAAGCAAGGUUGCUUUUCUUGUCCUGCUCAACAGCAGAGGACCUAGAGCCCUACACAUAGAUGUGAAACUGUAAGCAGGGUCACUCUAGCACAGGUGUCACCAACUCCAUCUACAAACAUGGCCAGAACAGGGCAUAAUAUCCCUUUCAUUCCCAUGUCAAGCCAUGUCUCUGAACUUUACUACUGUAAUUGUGGGAAAAUUAAGGUGCAAAAAUGAAGACAGUGAAAAGUGCUGCCAUUCACCAACAAGACAAACAUUAAAAAGGCAUCUUCACUGGCCUAGAUGAGAAUUCACAUAGUAAUUGUGCAUUAUAUAUGAAAAAAAAAAAAAAAGACAGCUGCAUGGUAUUUAAACAAAAUCGUGAUGUGUAAUUGGGAAAUUGUCUUUACGAUGGAAAUCUCAUGGCCAUACCUGCGUCAGUUUUAAAUGAUGUAACACUGGCAUGAUUUAACUUUCAUUAUAAAGAGCCAGUGAGUGAAUCAGUUUUGACAGUGAUGAUUCUUGGGGUGUGGGGGCUCUUGUUUCAUGAGUAUGUAAAAAAAAAAGGCUGAUGUCUACAUUCUCAUAGUGCUAAUUUUUUUUUUUUUUUUUU